ACGUACGAGAGGCAGGUCGUUAUUCUUUCACUUCUACAUGUACGAUGUGCAUAAAACCACCAUCAUCUCGUAAAAACCGCUUUCUUCUUCAUAUUCUAAGUUGCAUUAACUGAAAUGUGGUCGGCAGAACGUUGAACUUACCGGCUGCCAUGAGCGGACAACGCUUUUAAGCGCAUUAGGUUACUUUUCAAGCAGUUUUUGAGGUUAAGUAACCAACACCUCGAUUGAGAUUUAUUGCUUAAGUGUUAAUUUUGUGUUUGGCAGUGUUUAAUUAGUGGUUUAAGGGGGCAAGAUGACGUUGAAUCAUGCACUGGGUGCUGUCAUCGCACUGACUUGUAUUGCUUGCUACUAUAACAGUUGCUAUUGUGAUUUUGUGUUUGACGAUAUUAGUGCUAUUAAAGAAAAUCGAGAUCUAAGACCUCACACUCCGAUUUCGAACUUAUUUUUUAAUGAUUUUUGGGGUACACCCAUGCACAAGGAGCAAAGUCAUAAAUCAUACAGACCACUUUGCGUCUUAACGUUUAGGCUGAACUACUUAUUUGGACAACUUGAACCACUCGGCUAUCAUUUGGUCAACGUGCUACUGCACUUGCUAGUUUGUCUUAUGUAUUACAGGUUAUGCCUAAAGUUUUUACCUGACAUAACGAGCUUCGUCGCCUCUAUGUUAUUUGCUGUACAUCCAAUACACAGUGAAGCGGUGACUGGCGUAGUUGGCAGAGCGGAAACCCUUUCGUCCGUCUUUUUUCUUGGCGCCUUCCUCUUUUAUUCAAAGGCAACGAAAAAUCGGAAGUGCACAGAAUGGAAAUAUAUUAUAUUUUCAAUGGUAUCUAUAGCAGUGGCCAUGCUAUGCAAGGAACAAGGUAUUACAAUUGCUGGAGUCUGUGCUGCUUACGAGAUAUUUGUGGUGCAGAAGGUUAAACUGGAUGAUAUAAACCACUUCCUUAAGGCAGCAGUAACUGCAAAAUCAAGUUAUCAUCUACCAAAGUCAAACGCAGGCACCAAACGCCUCUUCGUUCUUUUUAUCACUACAAUCCUUCUUCUAUUAGCCCGUCUUCAAAUUAUGGGAUCGCAAUUGCCAGUUUUCACGAGGUUUGAUAACCCCGCUUCUGUAGCUCCUACCCCAUCCAGACAGCUCACCUAUCACUACUUGAUUAGCAUCAACUUGUGGUUGCUACUGUUUCCUUGCAAUUUAUGCUGUGAUUGGACGAUGGGUACUAUUCCAUUAGUAGAAUCAUUUUUGGAUGUAAGAAAUUUAGCAACUAUUGCUACUUAUGGAUUUUUUAUUAUGAUUUCGACCACUGCGCUGCUUACGAGGAAUAAUCAUCAGAGUUUGGUUUUGAUUAUGGGCACCUCUCUCCUGGUUUUACCCUUUAUACCGGCCUCCAAUUUGUUUUUCCCCGUGGGUUUUGUAGUAGCCGAGAGAGUACUUUAUAUGCCCUCGAUGGGCUUCUGUAUGCUUAUUGGAUAUGGAUGGCAAAUUCUCUGUCGAAAAACUGGAAAAAAGUUGGCCUGGAGCUUUAUUUGUCUGCUAAUACUCUCCCACGGGAUCAAAACCUAUUUAAGAAACUGGGACUGGGAAAACGAAUAUACGAUCUUUAUGUCCGGCUUGAGGGUGAAUCAACGUAAUGCGAAGCUAUUUAAUAACGUUGGACACGCACUUGAGAGCCAAGGGAAAUUCGAAGAUGCCCUGGAUUUUUUUAAAACUGCUGUUAGUGUACAGCACGAUGACGUCGGGGCAUAUAUAAACGUCGGAAGGACAUACAAUCACCUUAAAAUGUACAAAGAGGCUGAAGAAGCUUAUCUUAAGGCGAAAUCCCUGCUUCCGAAAGCUAAACCUGGGGAAUCCUAUCAGGCGAGGAUAGCUCCCAAUCACUUAAACGUUUUCCUGAAUUUGGCUAAUCUUAUUUCGAAAAAUCACACCAGGUUAGAAGAAGCUGAUAUGCUCUACAGGCAAGCUAUAAGCAUGAGAGCGGAUUACACCCAGGCUUAUAUUAAUAGAGGAGAUAUAUUGAUAAAAUUGAAUAGAACCAAAGAGGCACAGGAGGUGUAUGAAAGGGCACUUUUGUACGACAGCAACAAUCCGGAUAUCUAUUAUAAUCUUGGAGUAGUCUUUCUGGAGCAAGGUAAAGCUUCGCAAGCACUAGCAUAUUUAGACAAGGCAUUGGAAAUCGAUCCUGAACACGAGCAAGCCCUACUUAACUCCGCAAUACUUUUACAAGAAUUUGGACGACCCGAAUUUAGAAAAACGGCCAGAGAAAGACUAUUAAAACUUCUGGGAAAAGAUAAGCAAAACGAACGUGUUCAUUUCAACUUAGGUAUGCUAGCCAUGGACGAUAAAGAUAUUGCGGAAGCCGAACACUGGUUUAGAAGGGCGGUCCAUUUAAAAUCGGACUUUAGAAGUGCCCUUUUUAAUUUGGCCCUUUUAUUAGCUGACGACAUGAGGCCUUUGGAAGCAGCUCCAUUUUUAAAUCAGUUGGUUAAGUACCAUCCUGAUCAUGUCAAAGGCUUGAUUUUACUUGGAGAUAUUUAUAUAAAUAAUAUUAAGGAUUUGGAUGCUGCUGAGAAUUGCUAUAGAAGAAUCUUGGAACUGGAACCAGACAACAUCCAAGGUCUACACAACCUUUGUGUAGUGCACGUAGAGCGAGGGAAACUCCUGGAGGCACAAGAUUGCCUAGAAGAAGCCCACAGGCUGGCCCCAGAAGAAGACUACAUAAUAAAGCACCUAGGUAUAGUCCAAAACCGAAUAUCCAAGUUACACCUCAACGAGGACGUCGCAGAUCCGAAAGAAAAAAGCAAAGUGGUAUCCAACAAAAGUGUGGAUGAGAACGAAAAGAAAACUCAACCCGUUAUAAGUAAAGACACUGAAAAGCAACGCUAUAGUAGCAGAGUGGUAAAUACUAAGCCGCUGUUUAUGAAAAAUAUUGACAAUAGCAGCGAGUAUCCAAAUUUGACCGUUGAAAGCGAUGCGAGUGCGAGGAAAGCCGAGCGUAAUGCGAGUAACGUGAAAAGUCGACCGACUGGUGCAGACAAGGACGAUCCUUCAUCAGGGAUGUCUUAGCAAUGAGUAACUUUGUAAAUUUGACGGAGAAAAGAGACAGCUAUUUUAAUGAUAUAUUUUAAUACCGUUUUAAGACUACUCGUAAAAUUUUAAAGAAUUCUGGAGGACUUUUUUGUAUGUGUCUUUGCUGGGUUUAAAAUGGCUUUUAUUAAUUUAGUAAACACUUAGAGGUUACUAAUUUUUUUUCUAAGGGUUAUCAAAUGGUGCAUAAACUUAUGUAUAAAUAGAGCUUUAAUACCUUAAAUUGAUAUUAUCAAAUUAAUUUAAAACCUCAGCCCUUAGAACUCGUUUAGCCUGUGUGCCAAAAAUUAACAAAAACAAUUUCAAAACUUACUUAAAAUUAUCUAUUUUUAAAACUAAUUUAAUAAAACUCCUUUAGAAUCCAACACAAGGCGCCUAGUUGUAGUGUUCAUUCUGUGAUACUCAGAAUAAUCGUUUAAAUUUAUAUAAUGACACUAAAAAUAAUGACAAUGAUGUCUAAAUGCUGACCCCUUAUAGUUAUAUUAAGUUAAAUGUUUUAGACUAUUUGCUAUGAUGUUCUUAUUGGAAAUUUUAGAAAACAAUUUAUUAAAAAAUUGACACCUAAUGAAUAUCUUAAAUAAUUGUCAAUAAAUAGCAAUGGAUAAAAAAUAACCCUAACCUAAUUAUUUAUUUUGAAAAAUAAAAAGUUUAUUUAUUUAUUACACUUUUAGGCUCUGUGAUACGUAUUUUUAUAAAAUAAAUCCUACUUUAAGUUGAAAUUUUAAAAUCUAGAACAUAUUUUUCUUCUCUGAUAAAUAGCCACAUUUAAGCAAAAGUAAAAAGGUAUUUUCAAAAUAAAAUUAAAAGAAUAUGAUCAAUUAAUGAAUUUCGUCUGGCCCAUGAUGGAAAAUUUAUUUUUAGUUGUCCAAUUAGUCUUCCUAGUGUGUCAAAAAUAAAAUAAACAAAUUUGGUAAGAAAAGGUAUUUAACCUAAUAAUGAUACUUAGGAAUAUAUGAAGGUUCGUAUGUAUUAUCGUGAUUUAUAGUAAUGGUAACUUUUAUUGUCUUUGUUUUCGCAACUAUAAUUUACAAGAAAAGAUACAAGAGUGAUUAGCUCUUUUAGUAAAGAAUGAUUAUUAUCAUUAGGUAUUCAAAGUUUGGUAUUUUUAACCUAAUAUCUAUAGCAUUUGGGAUUGCUGGAACAUUUUUUAUACCUAAUUGACAUGUGAACUUUUUCAUACAUUCAACUUUUAGUAUUAUUGGGAAUAUAUUUUUGUAAGCAGAUAUGAAGAACGUUACAAUAGAUUUCUGGUGAAGAAAAAUAAUUGCCAUUAAUGGGCCAUCCUGUAAAUACAAACCUUAAUUCGUAAUGUACAUAAAACAUAGAUAUGAUAUGUAUGUAACUUAUAGAAACAGUGACGUUAGAGUUGUAAACAGUUAUUAUUAAUAUUAUUAGCUGGCGUAAAAUCAAUUCUCUUAAUUUUUAUUUUGUAAAUGUGCCUUGACAAUUUUUUAAUUAAUUAAGGCGUAAAAUGUACUUAAAUAUAACAUGAUUUUGUAAUAUAGGAUAUAAAUAUUUUUCUAUGUUGUGAAAUUGUUCAUAGAAAAUAACUUAAUAUAAACAUGUAAAAUCUAAUGUGAAAAUUAUAAAUAUUAUUGUCCUAUGACUGAGUUCCGUUAUGUUAAUUCUUUUUUCAGAUUUUUCUAAAAAAUUGUUAACCC